GUCGCAGAGUGGAGCAAAGGUCUCUGGCGGAAACGGAAAUCAGCAAAUCACCAAAUCAGGAAAUCACCAGCUAAUUAGAGAGAACGAAAAUGAACAAAGAGUUCAUCACGCAGGGCGGCACGCCCAUUACCGCCGAAUUGGCCACGGAUCUGCGCAAUUUGGUUUUCGGUACCGCAGCAAUACCCAUGCGAGCCGAAUGGCUGCAGACGUCCUUUGUGUUUGGUGCUCCCAAGGAGGAGCUCGCCUAUGGCCUCCGUUCACCCCGGAACGCCACCCGCGGUCUGUUGUCCGUUGUCCAGGGAUUCGUCUUGAAGUAUCUGCUCUUUGCCCGGAAGACCAGUCGCGUGGCUUCGCUUACCGACCCGCUCCUGGCCACCGCCGAUAUGCAGAGGGAGGCCCUGUUCUGCGCCCUCUUGGAGAUCCUGCGCACCAUCUCGGACAAGGGCAAGGUCACCAUGGUGCUGCCAUCGGAGGACGAGGUGUUCGUGGACCACAGCGCCUGCUAUUUCCAUGAUUCCGUCACCGAGAAGCUCUAUGUUUUCACGCUGUCACCCAACGACGAGUUGGAAUACUUUUUGAAGCGAAAUUUCAAAUACUUUACAGAAGAGGAGACCCCGGGCACCCUGCUGUUUCUCUAUAGCGCCGUCCUCACGCGAUCCAUGGGAAAAGUUCGAACGGACCUGGACUCCGCCAAAUCCUCGCCCCUGACGUCCAGCAAUCACGAGGAGGGCUCCCUGAUGAUUGUCACCCUGCUGCUGACGGGACGUGCCACGCCCUAUAUCCACAAUGGUGUUGUGAAUGUGGGCGACGAGAGUAGCUAUGCGGUUCCACAAUACGGCGUCCUUAAGCGCUGCAUGAUUGGUCUUCUGCUCUGGGACAUCGAGUCAGCCAGUGCUGCGGUGAAUCAGUCCCGUCAGCCGGGCUCGCGACUCAAGACGCCCAACUAUCCCAUCUGGAUAACCAGCUGCACGGGCCACUUUGGCGUGAUCUUCAACAAGAAUCCGGAUCUGCUGCGCAACUACCAUGCGGAGUCGCGUUUCGAUGUGAACUACUACAGCUGCUCCGGUCACCAGAUCCUGAUGACCAUCGACAAUCGCACGUACAACGAGCAGGCAUUGGUCAUGUUGGAGCGGCAACCAAUCACGCCGGAGAGUACCUCGAUGUCCGGAAAGGAUGAUGGCGGUGGCGCAUCCUCGCCAACGGCCGUUUCCGGUGGAGGAGGUGCUGCUGCCGGCGGCGGUGUGGGUGGCGCUAGCGGCGGUGUUGGUGGUGCUGCUAGUGGCGCUAGCGGUGGUAACGAUGUGGUCGCCAAGGAGGAGUCGACGCUCAACACGCCGUUGCAGCGUCUGAUUCGUACCAAGUGGGAAGAGGCAACUAUAAGCUUUCACGUGCAGCCAUCGAUGUUGAGUUAUCUUUUUAGUACCACACAGUAGAAGGCAGGAUCCGAUUUGCUUUAGGAACUCCUUUGCUGAAGUCAGAACGAUUCACAUUUAGGUGCAAGAGAUAUCAUCUAAAAUUAAUACUAGGCCUG